UGCAACAAAAAUAGAAAUAAACUUUAUAAUAAAUGAGAGAUAUUCUAAUAGAAUAUAACAUUUUAUAUACGACAAGCAUAAUCUGUAUUCUUUACUUUAUUUAUUAUUAUUAUAAAUAAUAAUAAAUAAAGUAAAGAAUACAGAUUACUUUUAUUUAUUUAUUUUAUUUAUUUUUUUUUUAUUUUUUUUUACUGGUGGGGAUCACGUUCUGUAAUGGAGAUGAAUGUUUUCAAACGCUCUCUUCAAUGCUCUAACCGAAUGAAUAACAAAUAUUUUUGUUGCAUAUAUAUUAUUAAUAAUAGACUAAUGUUAUUAUAUGAUCAUGUAUAUCUAGGACCUCUUUAAUAUUAACCCUGCUUUAAUACGACUAAUCUACCCUUAUGCUUUCUACCCCCAGGUGAUGAACCCCCUGGACGCCAUUUGCAACAAGCCAAGGAAAGAUGCCAUUUGCGUCAGCCAACUGAGAAAUGCCAAGAAGGUUGAUCAAGCCAUCUUGCAGGAAAGACCCGAUGUCAAGAUUUUCCUGCCAUUCAGAUUUUACUUUUGGAAACCGAAGGAUCUGUUUAAGUUGCACACAUAUAACAGAUAUUUAGCCGCCACUGGUGGGGAUCACGUCAUCAGUUUAAUAGACGAAAUAUCGUUCCAAUUCCCCGGGUCUCCGCCUCUGUCACAGAUAGACGAUAUUCCACCAGAACAGUUCUGUAAUGGGGAUAACAGGCCAGAAGAGUGUGGAUUCAAUUGCGAAUGUACGCACGCAGUUGACAUCCCGAUGAAUGCCAUAGUUGAAGUCGUUUUAGUUGACGAAGUACAAUCUCCCAAUCUGAGCCAUCCGUUCCAUCUGCACGGGUACUCGUUCAACGUGGUUGGUACUGGUAGAUCACCUGAUCAGAACGUGAAGAAGAUCAACCUAAAACACGCCCUGGACUUGGAUAGAAGAGGACUGCUGCACAGGCAGUUCGACUUGCCACCAUUCAAGGAUACUAUAGCAGUACCUAAUAACGGUUACGUUAUUUUUAGAUUUAGAGCAGAUAACCCAGGCUAUUGGUUGUUCCAUUGCCAUUUCCUGUUCCACAUAGUCAUAGGUAUGAACCUCCUGAUACACGUUGGAACCCAAGACGAUUUACCACCUGUACCUCCCAAUUUCCCAAAGUGCGGAAACCAUCUACCUCCCAUUACACCUCACUGAGAGACAUCCUGAAGACUAGAAUAAAAUCUAAAUAAUCAAAACUGUGUCUGAAGACAUUUUAAAAGACAUAUUACCAACUGAUAUCGGCAUUUUUUUAAUUUAUAAAAGAAUGUGAUAGAUGAUAAGUCAUAUAAAGUUAUUAACAAAAAUGAUCUUAAGGUGGAUUAUUUUAUUUUCGAUAUUUUUUAAAUCUUUUGUAAGUAAAAUAUAAGAAUUACAGGGUAUCGAUACAAAAAGUUUGUUAAAAUUUGUUAAAAUUAUAAUAAUUGUAUAAUGACUAACACUCAGGGACUAUUAAUAAGCGUAGUACCACCAUUAUCACAAGAAAAAAUAAAUAAAAAGGUGUAUGGUAGAAACAUUAUGCAGUCAAGAAAUGUUACUGACUUAUAAUAUAGUAUAUACGGUACGAUUAAAAAAAGGCGUCAAAGACAGCUGGGGAAUGACAAUCUCUGAUAAUUGGCGAAGUCAAUUUCUAAACAUUUUUUUUAAAAAUUGACAUAAAACUUGAGAAAAAUCAAAACCUUCAAGGACAACUGUCAAGUAAAUGACGUCUAGAGCUCGGCCUCGCCAAAAUUAUCAUCGAUUACCAUUCCCCAGACGUUUUUGAUGCCGUUUUUCGAUUGUAUGGUAUUUAAACACUUAAAAAAAUAUAACUUUAUUCUAAAAAUAAAUUAAAAAAUAACUCUCUAACACCUUGUAUAAAGAAAAGACUAAUUAACAAUAAUAUACUUAUAUCUACAAAAACACAAAUUAUAUUUUCUAUUCUACCAAUUCAUUCUUAAUUACAUGUAUAUAAGGAUUUGUAUGUAAUAAUUAAUUAUAUGUAUUUGUUCUUCUGCAAUGUACAGGUCCUUAUAUUGUUUGCAGUAACAAAAAAAACGGAUGAUUGUAUAUAUAAAUAGUCAAUAAUUUAGCCAUAUAAGACAAAGAAAAUCAUACGCUAUUAUAUUUGUAAGAAGAAAUUUAUUAAAAAUGUUAAGAACGAAAUAAAGAAAUAAAUUAUAAAGAUGA